CAUAAAAUAUUUAGCAUCCUCUGAAACCAUCUGACAUGUCGGGUGGAAUAAUUGUCAUGGUUUUGAAUACUUUUCUUUUGGAUUAACGGAUAUAUAUAUAUUUUAAAUAUUACUAUGCCUACGAUCUGCUAAAGUAACUGAAAUAGGAUAUGCUCAGUCUACGCCAGUAAAUAUAAUAUUUGUUAUUUUUGAAAUAAUAAUUGCUGAACUGCGAUGAGAUUUUAUUGCGGAAUUUAUUCUAUUCCAUGAUCUCGGCUACUUUUUGUUUUAGCAAUUUAGUUUCAGGUUGUAGUUUAGGAAACAUUCUGAGCAGUGGUAAUUUAUUGAAUGAGUUAGCCUAUUCAGUUCAAGUAGCCUAGUAUAACAAUAGAAUAAAGAUGUGGACUUUUCUUGGAAUUGCAAGUUUCACCUACAUUUAUAAGAAAUGCGACGCAGUUUUGGAGUAUGCUCCCAAAGAGAUAAUCCUGGCGGCUGUAGUGUUCUUGGCAGUGGGGAUGCUGCUAUCCUAUGCCAGGUACCACGGACAUACAUGCAAGGUACCCCAAAUUCUACAAUUACCGCUGGAACUUUUAUUAUCCCUACCGGUCAUCAAUACAUUUAUACCGAAACCCUCAGCUGUCAGGCACAGGAGUGGAGAGAGCGCUUCAAAGAAGGGAGGUGGCAGGAGGAAAAGAGUGUGUUCGUCAGGCAUGGAGAGCCCCCCAGCAGCAGGGGACUCUCCUGCAUCUCAGGAGCCGGAUGUGAUCAUAGUAGGGGCGGGAGUCCUGGGGUCGGCCAUGGCUGCGGUGCUGGCCCGGGACGGCCGGAGGGUCACUGUGAUAGAGAGGGACCUGAAGGAGCCUGACAGGAUAGUGGGAGAGCUGCUGCAGCCUGGUGGAUACAGGGCCCUGCGAGAACUGGGAAUGGAGGGUUCAGUGGAGGGGCUGGAUGCCCACGUGGUGAACGGCUAUGUGAUUCAUGACAUCGAGAGCAGCACAGAGGUGGAGAUCCCAUAUCCCCAGGCAGACAGCAGUAUCCAGUGUGGCAGGGCCUUCCACCACGGACGCUUUAUCAUGGGCCUGCGCAGAGCUGCGCUUGCUGAGCCAAAUGUUACGCUCAUAGAAGGCACUGUGUCCAGCCUGGAGGAAGAGGAUGGCUGUGUGACAGGAGUGCAGUACAGGGACAAGGAGACAGGAGACACAAAGGAGGUCCAUGCAGCAGUAACUGUAGUAGCUGACGGCUGUUUCUCAAAGUUCAGGAAGAGCCUGGUAGCUGGGAAGGCUCAGACCUCCUCUCACUUUGUUGGAUGUAUCAUGAAGAACUCUCCCCAGUUCAAGCCCCACCAUGCUGAGCUGGUCCUGGCCAACCCCAGCCCUGUCCUCAUCUACCAGAUCUCCUCCUCAGACACCAGGGUUCUGGUGGACAUCAGGGGAGAGAUGCCCAGGAACCUCACUGAGUACAUGGCUGAGAAAAUACACCCACAACUACCAGAACACCUAAAGGAGCCGUUCAUGGUGGCUCUGCAGAAUGACCGGCUGAGGUCUAUGCCAGCAAGCUUCCUGCCUCCGUCCCCAGUCAACAAACCAGGUGUGCUCCUGCUGGGUGACGCCUACAACAUGAGACACCCUCUGACCGGAGGAGGGAUGAGUGUGGCCCUCAACGACGUCCUGAUCUGGAGGAGCCUGAUGAAGAACAUCCCUGAUCUGUACGACAACACAGCCAUGCUCCAAGCAAAGAAAAAAUUCCACUGGGAACGCAAGUCAUCACAUUCCUUUGUGGUGAAUGUGUUGGCUCAAGCCCUGUACGAGUUGUUUGCUGCAACAGACAAUUCUCUCCACCAGCUGAGAAAGGCAUGCUUCCUUUACUUCAAGCUGGGUGGGGAGUGUGUCAACGGUCCCAUUGGUCUUCUCUCAGUGUUGACGCCCCGUCCGAUGACUCUGAUUGGACACUUCUUUGCCGUGGCCUUGUACGCCAUCUACUACAGCUUCAAGUCUGAGUCGUGGUUCACCAAACCCCGAGCCUUAUUUACGAGUGGAGCUAUCCUGUACCGCGCCUGUACCGUUAUGUUUCCCCUCAUCUACUCUGAGUUCAAGUACCUGGUGUACUGAGCAGUGAUCUAAUCUGAGCCCUAACCCGGUGGAACGCACACCAGCCUUAGACAACAGGGUCGUAUUCAUUAGUGCACAAACAUAGCAAAACAUUUUGCAAUGGAAUACGAAGAAGUUCAGGUUGUCUCCUACUCUUUCUGCCUGUUUUCUUCCAUUUAGUUUCUAGUGAAUACGUUUACUGAGCAGUGCCAUCACUGACCCCUGGUGGAGAACACACACACCACCAGCCUUAUGGUGACAUGACAUACAAACAGUACAGUGACCUAAAGAUACACUAUGAAAGUGUAGUUAACUGUCAAGUCAUUUUGGCUGUAUGUAUGAUUUAUAUGAAACCACUUAGUUUUAGGCCAACAAUUUAUGCUUUUACUCGUUGGGUGUGGGGAGGCAUGCCACUUUAUGUCCAAUGACGUAAUUUCUGGACAAUGUUUCUAUCCAUUUAGGUCAGGGAUCCCUUUUGUCUCAAGCACACCCCUAGAGGAAAAAGAUCUGUAAAGCCUCUUUAAUAUUACACCAUCCUAUCAUCACUAUCAACAGGGAUGCCAUACAGGUCUCUAAUGUGACCAUUAUUCAGUGCUGAAGCCUUUGACCUUGAUCACAUGCCUUUCUUUAUCUCUGCCUAAAGGUCUGCUCAAUAAGACGUCUUCUGAGGGCGAGGUCUAAAUUGAUGGUGACAAUUAUUUAGUAAUGCCUUGUAUAUUCAGAAUUUAUAACCAUGCAUUUACGUAGUGUAACAGACAAUGCGUAAUAAGAGGUUUGCGUUAGCAACUCUUAAUUGCAAAUUUGACCAAAUAACCAGCUGAAUAUACAGUAGGACUGACUACAGGUGUCUGUCUAACCACUUUGCUGCUAAUUUCUUGUGGAAAUUGAACAUGAGGACAAAAAAUGUCCGUCCUGCUUGUAAACUACUGUGGUUGUCUUCUAUUUCUCUUCAUGCCAAUGACUUCUUUCAACCCGAAGCACUUACACAGUUGGUUCCCCCACACGAAGUGGAGUGUAAAUGACGGCUCAAAAAUACAGUUGGCUGUUUGUCUACCCUUAUUCCAAACGGUGUCCUUAUUUUGUUCUGAAAAAGUAUGUUCCUUGUGCAUUUGCAAUUCUUUAACUGUACAUUUACAAUCAAAUGAUAAUGUAUUAAACUGUUUGAUUGGUUCAAGUCAGAUCGCCUGUCCUUAACUUUUGCCAAGUCAUAGAUUUCCUGCCUUAAAAAAGGGGGUUUACACAUUGUGACAAUGGAUCCCCCCCCCCCACAUCUCUGGUACUUGUUUAAAAAGUGAUUAUUCCGUUGUGAACACCUGCUGGAAUAAAAGUGUGACUUAAUGCCUGUCUGAGGACUGCAGUGUCUAGAAACCACUAGUGACACACACAUUCACCCUCCUGUGUGCCCGGAGGAAGAGGGGAGGGUUGCAACAGAAACAAAUAGCACAAUGAGAUGGGAGCAGAUUCAGGACCUGGGAUAGUUGAAUGUAGCUCAGCCACAAAACAAAUCCCUGACCGAUGGUCCACUGCGCCAUCCAUCUCUUCAGCAUUUAGGGAGGAAUUCAUGACAGAAUUUUGCACUGUGUUGGUGAGAAUAUUUACUUGUAAUUGUAUUUUGUUUAAUUUCUUGUUUAAUAAAUGAGCAAUUAUGCAGUUAAAUUUC